AUGGGCCAGGCUUGGUCCGACAGAGAGGCCGCGAAAGGUCUUCCACCCGAGAAGUCGUUCAGCACGUUUGCGCGCCGCUUCAUCGGUGUUCCCGACACGGAUGGGAUGGAGUGGUUCGAGCGCAAGCGCUGUACUGCCGAGGAGCCGACGAAGACAACAGGGCCUGGUCAUGGAGAUGGCGGCGGCGGCGGCAGCGGUGGCGGUGGCGAUGAUGAGAUGGGUACAAAGGGACCGCCUGGACCGGAGAUAGAGACAAAUGCCCCAGCAACCCCGAAGAUGUCCGCACCACUGGCAGAUCCAACCACACCAAGACGCGACUUCAACAAAUACCGCCGUCUUGCUCAGCCCGCCGCGCCCUCCUCGAGUUCCCCAUCAACCCCCGAGAAGUUCUCACCGCUUCAAGACCCAUUCACUUCAACCCCCAAGAAGGCCGCACCACUGGGAGAUCCAUUCACUCCAAGAUCCGACUUCCACAAACGUCGCCAACUUGCUCAGCCCGCCCCGCCCGCCUCACCCUCCGACAGAGCCAACAAGCAAGCCACGGAAGCCGCCUACCAACGAAAUGAGGCCCCGACCCAGACAUCUCGCCGCCCCAUCCGGCCCUCCAUCUUCUCCCUACCGCCCCCCAUCUUCUCCAUCCCGGAGCCAACCGCCCGCCCUAAAUCAGCAGCCCCAUCACCUCCUGCCCACACAGCCCGUGGUGGCGGCCCCAAGGCGCGUGGUCUUUGA